GCGGAGCAGAACAACGACGCGCUCUAUGCGGCAAAGGAAGCAGUGGGUCUGCUCAAAGAUCUGGGUGCGGACCACGAUGAGAUCACCACGCGACUCCAGGUCCUCACGAAAGUCUUGAUCAUCCAGGACAACUACCAGGAGGCCCACAACCAGAUCGAGAUGGCCAAGGACAUCGCGCAGAAAAUCGAAGAGAAACCUCUGGAGGCUUUCUGUCUCUCCAUCCAGUCCCGUGUGCAGGCCCUCCUCGGUGAUCCCGAGGGUGGCAUCAAGGCGGCGGACCUGGCCAUCGACAUGUUCAAGGAGGAUGGUGACAGGAGAGGUGAAUGCCGUGUGUGGGAGGGCCUCUCAGAGAUUCACAUGACCGCAAAUGACUUCUCUUCCGCGCUGCGAGCUGCAAAGCGAGCAGAGACUCUCUGUGCGGACGUGGGAGACACACGCUUGAUGGCAAGGAUGAAGCACACGACGUCGAUGGUGCAUAUGUCGGCCGACGCUCAUGAUGAGGCGAAAGCUGCCAUUACCGAAGCGAUCAAGCUCUCACGGGCAGAUGAUGACAUGAGAGGGACGGUGAAGUACAUCUUCCUGGCCAUGGACAUCUGGGUGACGUCUCUGACAGCGAUGGACCCAGAGGACAAGAGCAAGGUCCGAAUCUACAGGCAGGGCUGUGAGAAAGCGAUGCGGCUGGCGAAAGAAGGCGUGAAGUUGAGCAUACGUCUGGAGGAUCGAUAUGCAGAGUGCAUGGCCAACUACUGGGUUGGGACCAUGCAUAUCAUGAUGGGUCGUCCAAAGGAAGCUCGCGUCAACGCCGACGUGUCGCUUGAGAUUGCGAAGUCCAAACGGGAUAUGCUCAGCGAGAUGUACGCCCGUGGGCUUCUGGUGCAGAUCUGCCUGCAAGAGAAGGACGUCAAGAGUGCCAAAGAGAACCUUAAAGACGUGCAGGGCCUGGCGGAAGAGCUUGGCGAUCCGCAAGCCAAAGCCAUGGCCGAUCAGCUCAAGGAGCUGGUGCUGGGCUCGGGCGUGCAGGAAGCUGCACCGCAGGCUGCAGCGGUGGCUGCCCCGACACAGGACUUUGCUGGUGUGUCUUCGGCAGCCACCUCUGAAGACUUGGCCUACAUUGCACCAGAUCCACUCACCAUCAAGACUCACAUCAUCGCGAUGGUGAAGAACAUGGUCGGCGGAGGUGACGAGGUUGAUGGUGACACGCCACUCAUGGAGUCCGGUGUGGACAGCCUGGCGAGCGUGGAGCUCCGAACACAGCUGCAAGGGGAGUUCAAGGUCAACUUGCCUUCGACAGUCAUGUUCAACUAUCCCACCAUUGAGGGCUUGACUGGGCUUCUUGUCGACGAGUGCACGCAGAAGAAGAUCACCUGGACUGGCUGA